GUUUCCGGUUCCGGCGGCCGGGAUGAGGCGGGUGACGCUGUUCGUCAACGGGAGUCACCGGGACGGCAAGGUCGUCGCUGUGUAUGGAGCGCUCUCCGACCUGCUGUCAGUUGCCAGCAAUAAGCUCAGUAUCAAAGCCUCUCACCUCUACAAUGGCAAGGGUGGCCUCAUCGAUGACAUCGCUCUCAUCCGAGAUGACGACGUCUUGUACGUAUCCGAAGGCGAGCCGUUCGUAGACCCAGAGGGACAGCAGAAAAGCUCAGAGACCAAAUCAGACACGUGCGCUGACUGGAUAACACUAAAUGUUGGAGGGCAGUAUUUCACCACCACACGGAGCACUUUAGUAAAUAAGGAGCCAGAAAGUAUGCUCGCUCACAUGUUCAGUGAUAAAGAUGCCUGGGGCAACAAGAGGGACCACCAGGGGGGCUUUCUCAUCGACCGCAGUCCCGAGUACUUCAUGCCAAUCCUCAACUACCUGCGGCACGGCCAGCUCAUCGUCAACAAGGGUCUCAACCUGCUGGGUGUCCUCGAGGAAGCCAAGUUCUUCGGAAUAGACUCGCUAAUCGAACAGUUGGAAUUGCUGAUUAAGAACUCCCUACCUGCCGAGGACCAUUCCCCCAUCUCCCGGAAGGAGUUUGUCCGCUUCCUGCUGGCCACGCCCACCAAGUCGGAGCUGCGUUGCCAGGGUCUGAAUUUCCGCGGGACCGAUCUGUCACGGCUGGACCUCCGUUACAUCAACUUCAAGAUGGCCAAUCUGAGCAACUGUAACCUGAGUCACGCCAACCUCUGCAGCUCCAACCUGGAGCGGGCAGACCUGUCUGGCGCCAUCCUCGACGGUGCCAACCUCCAGGGGGUGAAAAUGCUGUGCUGUAACGCCGAGGGGGCAUCGCUGAAGGGCUGCAACUUCGAAGACCCUGCAGGCCUGAAAGCCAACUUGGAGGGCGCCAACCUGAAGGGAGUGGACAUGGAAGGGAGCCAGAUGACGGGCAUCAACCUGAGGGUGGCCACCCUGAAGAACGCCAAGCUGAAGAACUGCAACCUCCGAGGGGCGACGCUGGCGGGCACAGACCUGGAGAACUGUGACCUGUCCGGCUGUGACCUCCAAGAGGCGAACUUGCGUGGCUCCAACGUCAAAGGUGCCAUCUUUGAGGAGAUGCUCACACCUUUGCACAUGUCUCAGAGUGUCCGAUAGGUGGGAGAGGAGGAGGAGGAGGAGGAGGUGGUGGUGAGGGAUGGGGGAAACUACUGCCUGUCCCCAACCCUGUCCUUGGGGGAGGGGGGGGGAAGGCCCCGCUGCCCCCUACAGACUGAUGUUGGGUAACCCCACCGCGCUGAACAGCUGGCCAGCUUCACGGAAUGGCUCAGUCGCCAUCACUGCCUCCCCCCUCUCCCCUGCCUCUCUCCUCUCUCCCCCCCCCCACCCCCCACCCCCCCACUCUCCCCUCCCAUACAGCCUGCCUGUCCCUGCCCCUCACCUCACAUUGAUUCCUGUCUGUCUAUAUACACCCACCUGCUCUCCCGCACACGUGUACACACACACACCCACCCCUACACAUACUCACCUCAGGGGGGAGGGGGAGGUGGGUGGAGGGAGUGAGUGACUCCUCUGG